AUGGAGCAGUUGCAGUUGCCUUUUGUUAUCUCAAAGAAGGUGGAUAUGUCGUUGAUGUCUUGGGCUGCAGCUUCAAUCUUAAAGGAAAAGAUUGACAAAGACGAUAUAUUCUUGCUCGUAAAACAACGGUUAGAGUUCAGAUGCACUAAAGAAGAGGCAAACAAUGUCUAUCUGAAGCUGCGUUCCUUAAAGAAGAUGUUUUUGCGGAGAUUGGAUCCGAGCGGUAAUGCUUCAAGCUCUUCAAGAUAUUCUAUAUCACCAGUGAAAUCUGUUGGAGAAGAACCAUAUAAGGAAAGCAUAUCACAAGCUGCAAUAUCUGGCCCACUGAAUGUGGAAACUGAUAUCAUAGACAGGUUACAAGAUAAUGAGUUAAGUGGAGAAGGCACUGUGACUCCUACAGAAAAACUUAGGGAUAGGCAAAGGGAAAAGGUCAUUAAGGAGGUUCAGUGUGGACAUGGCAAACGAAUGUCCAUGCGGGAACAAGAGGAACACGAGAAAAUUGAGGAGUUCCAUAGAAUCUGGGAGAAGAAAAAUGAAGUGCUAGAGGAGGAGUGCAGACUGGAGAUAGCUGUUCUUCGCGCUAUACAUGGUGAGACUGCAGCAACAAAGGAUGGACAAAAAUCAUUAGAAACUAAGUUUGCAAAGAAAAUUGAAGUGCACACACGCCUAAAGGACCAGCAACUGAAAGAGCUUAAGGCUAAAUACUCUGCUAUGAGGAAUGAGGAAAUGCAGAAGGUUUCAUCGCAGCAGACCAGAGAAAACUCCUCUGGUAGGGGCCAUGAUUCUGGAGACGAGAUGGAGUGCUCUCAGGAAAAUUUAAAUGUCUCUGACAGUAUUCCUAAGACAGCUGUCUCUGCCUUGCAGGGUGACAUGGCAGCAUCUGAUGCACCUGCAUCUUCUCCAGCAGCGUGCCAUGUUCUUCCUGUUCAAUCUACUAAUGUUUUAGCAGCUUCAGUUUCAGAUGAGCUAGCUGAGAUCACAUCCAUGGGGAGUGAAUCAGUUGCUGCUGUUAAGCAGUCUAAUGAAGCCGGUAAUUCAGGUGACAGUGAAGAGGAAAAUGCUUGCAAGGUUCCUUUGUCUCCCAAAGAACAUACUGGUGAAGUUGCAUUGGACAAGCGAAGUAGAGUUUGUUUGGAAGUAUCUGAAGUUGCUCUUAAUGAAGCUGUUGGACAUGAUAAAAUAUCUGAAGUAAAUAACACUAUUCAAGAAUUGGUUACAGAAAAUAAUUCUUUUUUGCCAAAUGUUGUUGGAAACCAGAGAGACAAAGUUAGCCCCAUUGACGGAAACCCAAUAACUCCAGAUGAAUUACCAGCAGACAUGCCUUGUGUAGCAGCAGUUCCUACUUCAGAUGAUGCUAGUUCUUUACUGCAAAAUCCAGUAAAUUUAGAUGAAUGUUCCCGUUCUUCAGGAGAUAAUGGAACACACAAUAACGAUAUGCCACCUGGUGAAAACCAGAUUGAAAUGCAAACUGAACUUGUUUCUGGACAUAAUAUAAACAACACUUCUGAAGCAAUUUUAGCUGGCAAUUGUGAGCAACAUCAUAGAGUAGAUGAUGGUGUUCCCGUUGCCGCUCACCAUACUCGCAGGGAGUCUGCACCUCAAGCCCACGAUGAAAGAAACUCUAUUCCAAUCCCUGGAUCCUCUCCCCAUGCAGCAGGACCUUCACAUCAAGCUGUUUCUCCAGCUGGGGAAAAUCUGGAGCCUUGUGCAUCUGUUCAGUCAGACGUUAGGGUUACCCACAAUCAAUCUUUCUUACCAGCAGGAUCCGUGCGUCCUGCCCAUCAGAUGGCCACUUGUAAUUUAGCUCUUCCUUUCCAUGCGGACCCUCUUCAUAUAGAAUGGGAAAGAAUACAUAAAGAAAAAGAACAAGUGACAAAGGGCCUUGAGGAUAUGAAAUUGCAUUUGAGAUCUGAGUGCAAGAAAGAGAUAGAGGAGGCUAUAGCACCAAUCCGUAAGAAAUAUGAUUUAAAGCUUCAGGAGGUGGAGGCAGCAUAUCUUUUGAAGAAGAAGGAGCUUGAUAUGAAUCAGAACAAAAUUCUCAUGAAUAAAGCUCUAGUUGAUGCUUUCAGAUUUACAUUCAUGGAUGUCAAAAUUUCUGAUCUUCCAGUUGUGCCUCCUGGUUAUAUGCCGCAUCCAGAUCAGGUACGGCAGCAGCAGAGUUUAAGAUCUUCCACAAUCAGUGGUUCAUCCUCAGCUCGCCAACCUGUGGAGUCCCUGCAGGCUGCUAUCUCAUCUUCGCCAGUUGCUAAUGGUUCAGUACAAUCUGCAGAAGCUUGUUUGCCUCCAUUAAGAUCUUCAUCUGUUGCUGGUUCGUGUUCAUGUAUCCAACCUGCUGCUGUUAGUCGUUCAACCACAUUUUCUGCAGGAAGUAUAAGCAGGCCGCCGCCCAUCAUUAGUGCAAUCACUCCUUCCAGGGGUAAUCAUCGAUUAGGUGGCGAAGUUCGUGCUCCAGCCCCACAUCUUCAGCGUUUCAAGGGACCAACAUCAACGUCUGUUAGCAGUCCGUCAACCCUUCCAAAUGGCAUGCCAGUUCAUCCACGACCCGUUUACGUGGCUGCAUCUCUUCGAUCAACACUGCAAAAUCCAAUACAGCCACCCAUAGUGCAACAAUUACCUGUAAAUCUUUCUGAUUCUAGGAAUACGUCCUUGGACCAUGGACUUGGAGGACUGCCUGCUAUACAAAAUCCAUCUCUCUCAGCACGGGAACUGCUUCAAGAAAUGGAGAAUCGAUCUCGUGCAAACAGGCCUAAUUUUAUGCCACCUUUACCAGAUAUAGGCUGUAACUUUGAUUCAUUAGACCUAUCUGAUUUUCAUUCACUGGGCAGUGUACAGAGAGGUCCUAUCUCUUCAGAGCCAGCUACUAAUGUGUCAGUGAGGAAAAACAAAGGAGUUGUGGAGAGGCCUAACGGACAAGAUCUCAGCCCUGCAAAAGCUAGUAUCUCCCCAUGGCAAGGUUGAGGCAGCUCCAGUCCUCCAUUACAUGUCUAAAAAAUCAGAUUCAGGCAAGGGCGGCUCAACACUAAAGCAGUGGCUUUAGGCCCCAAAAAAUAAGUUCCAAAGAACCCCAAAUUCAGCUCGAAAACAGACCGAAGAUGCACAAAAAUAUUUUUGAUCAAGAGGCAAAGAUUAAACGAAGAACCAAAAGCACUGAGCAGACAAAAGAUGAAACCAAUGAAGGUGAUGUAAAAUAGUAUUAAUUGUGAGAAACACCGUAUUAACAAAAUACCCUAACACUCCGUUUGGAUGGUUGUUAUGUAUUGUUUCAUAAUGUAUUAUAUUGUUUUAAUGAAUGCGGUGUUUAGAUAGAU